AGUGAGGAAAUUCUAGCGACGCUCCGCAACAUGGUUUUUCUCAGCUCCUCAACGCGGUCGCGCACACGUGUUCCGCGUGUGCUAUUUGCGUCGCAACUUUAUUAAUUUAAACAUUUUGCCAAAGGGAACGUGACAAAUCAUGGGUAAACCAGGAUUUUCACCUCGUGGCGGUGGAGAUGGUGGAGGAUUUAGAGGUCGCGGCAGAGGUGGUGGCCGUGGAGGAGAUAGAGGAGGCUUUGGAGGACGUGGAGGAGGUGGCAGAGGUGGAUUUGGUGGUGGUGGCAGAGGUGGAUUUGGCGGUGGUGGACGUGGUGGUGGCACCCCAAGAGGUCGUGGAGGUGGCCGUGGAGGAGGUGGCCGAGGAGGUAGAGGAGGUGGUGGUGGAUUCAAGGGUGGCAAAACAGUUGUCAUUGAGCCCCAUCGUCACGAGGGAGUGUUUAUUGCCAGAGGAAAAGAAGAUGCUCUGGUCACUCUGAAUUUAGUACCUGGAUCUGAAGUCUAUGGAGAGAAGAGAAUCAGUGUUGAGGGACCGGAAAAUGGAGAAAAGGUUGAAUACAGAGUCUGGAAUCCAUUCAGAUCGAAACUUGCAGCUGCCAUUCUGGGUGGCGUGGACCAAAUUCACAUGCCUCCAGGCAGCAAGGUUUUGUACCUCGGCGCUGCCUCUGGUACUACUGUUUCUCAUGUUGCAGAUAUUGUUGGACCUGAGGGUCUUGUAUAUGCCGUGGAAUUUUCACAUAGGUCAGGAAGAGAUCUAAUAAAUGUAGCCAAAAAACGAACGAACAUUAUUCCCAUUAUUGAAGAUGCCAGACAUCCACACAAAUACAGGAUGUUAGUUGGUAUGGUAGACACAGUUUUCGCAGAUGUUGCACAGCCUGAUCAAGCCAGAAUCGUCGCUUUGAAUUCACAAUAUUUCCUCAAGAAUGGAGGUCAUUUUGUUAUUUCAAUUAAGGCCAGUUGUAUAGACUCGACAGCGCAGCCAGAAGCUGUCUUCGCCGCGGAGGUGAAGAAGCUCGUUGCUGACAAACUGAAACCUCAAGAACAGAUCACCCUGGAACCUUAUGAGAGAGAUCACGCCGUGGUUGUCGGCGUUUUCAGGCCGCCGGCCAAAAAGGCUGCGUAACGCUUGUGAUCAUAUAAACCUCGAACUUAAUAUACUACAUACAUAAACUUUUUUAUAAGAAAAAAAGAAAGCAGACGAGGAGUGUCCUUUUAUAGUUUUGUUAGUACAACAAAUGAUGUAAUGAAAAAAAGUAGACACUCUUGUGCUAGACCAUCGUUUUUAAUUAAAACUGUCGUUAGGCUAACGAAAGUCAGAGGCGUAUAACUUGUGUUUUUUUUUUGUAGAUUUUGUAAGAAAAAAAUUAUACACAAAAUAUUCUGUAAUGAGAGAUAAGGCAGUAGUUCCAAUCCUAUUUUUUACGAGAUGUCGAUUCCAUAAAACAGACUACUGCAUACAUGUAUCUAAUUUUAUAAAUAUCAGACUUAUACGAUUGUUAUGUUGUUCGAAUAAGUAUUCAAAGUGAGCGAACGAUCUAUAGUUGCCGCGUGGCGCGCGAGUGCGUUUUUGUUAUUCGCUCACACGCAAACCUUCUUUUGCAUUAAGAUUUUCAUUUAUAAAACAAAUUCUUAUAUAUUCUUUCAUGAAAUAAAAACUAAGUGAAAGUAUUUCCAUCAAAAAACCUUA